AUGAGUGUCGAUAUGAAAUCAUCGGCCCAAGAGGGAUCAAGUCAAAUUCAGAACGUCCCUGACAGGAAUGUAAGAAGAUCAAGGGCCCCAAAACAAACCCUAGAGUCAAGACUAUGGGAUUUAUUGCAGCCCCUGGCGAGGCUAUGGGGCAUCAUUACAGCCGUAGUGAUGAGCGGUGCUGGGGCAGAGCUUACGGUACUGGAGUAUGAUGUAGCACCGGCUUUGAUAGCAGGAGCGGCGUUAGUAUUAAUUAUGGAGACUAUGUGGGUGAUUGCUCUCUUUGUGGACCUGCUGGCUCGUCGUGGGGAGUACUCACUUGGUUUGAGGUGCUGGGACUUCUUCAGAUGGUGUUGUGGUAGGGCGCGAGCGCCAUUCUAUGCUUGCGUUGCUACUGCUCUACUCUUUGCCAAUCUCACACUACUUGCUACAGUAUCGGGUGGAAUGUUAUUAGUACUAGCCGCCUUACGAGCGGCAGUGCCCUUCUCGCCUUACGCUCGACAAGGGCCUCAUUCACCCAGGGCGGGCAGAUCCUUGCUGAGCCAACAUGAGAAUCUGCCAGACGUCUACUAUAACGCAGCUAAUGGUAAUGAUGAAAGAUGCGAAGAAAUGACAGUUUUAAAUGUACAAUCUCCGAAGAAAUCACGUUCUGUUUCACCGAAACCGAAGCUAUUGGAAAUAUAA